CAUCUGCAGCACUCAGCAGCAGCCACUGGACGGUGGGCCCUCGGCCACCGCACCGCCAGAUUCCACCAGUUCCGGCGGGGCCCACCGGCCAGCGAGAGAAAGGAGAGGAGAGAUCAAUGGUGUUCGUCCCCUCCGGCCAGCAGCAAGCGAGCAAUCCCAUCCCAUCCCAUCGAAUCGACGACGACGAGCGAGCAAGGUAGCAGCAUCAGCUAGGUAGGACUUGGGAGGAGGGGGUGAUUCGACUGCUUGCCUGGCUUCCCUCCCCUCAAAUCGAAAUCCCCAUGCUGAUUGAUGGUUGCUAGCCUAGGAGCCCGAUUCCCCAAUCAUCAAUUUCAGUUAUCUUCCGCCGGGGUGCGCGCGACAAGGUUCCCUUCUCCUUCCCUUCACACAUCCAACCAGGUACAGUACAGUACAUUCCCUUACCUGAUUUCCAGUCUCAGCUCCAGAUGUAAGUAUCAUCAACGCCAGCCUCCUGGAACCUGGAUUACAGCCAGCCAAUGCACACUCGUUUAGAGUAGACCACACCGCACAGCCCCCCCUCAUCAUUUUGUGAUCUGUGUUGGGUACUCAGAUUUCACAAGGACAUGCAUCACUUUGUGAUUUUUGCAAAUUUCUCUGUUCUGCUGCCCGAUACGCAUUCCCUUCUUCAGUUUUGAACACCGUGAAAUGAUCCUUCGAUCCGACAUGGGCCUCAAGGAACAGCAUCCGCAACCCAACACCACUGAUCAAACUGAUGCCGUCAACUCGCCUACUGCUGAUGACCACCACAACCCGGCCAUCCCCCGUGUAUCAAGCUGCAGCACCGAUAAGGAUUCUGGCCUUUCACUUUGCCGGGUCUGUCAUUGUGUCGAGCCUGAUUUCAGAGGUGAGUCUGCCCUAGGUUUCUUGGGCAUUGUGCCGCCUUCCGCCCCAAGGACCAACAAUGACGCUACCAAGACUUCCACCAGCAAGGAUGCCAUCACUGGGCCAAAGGAUGGAACCAAUGCUCCCAGGUUUGUUGAGUUUAUAAGCCCCGAGGGCGAGAUAUUCGUACGUGCUACUGACGUCGAAUCAGGCCCCCUGCACCAACAAGAUCAUCUUGUGGAUCUAGGCUGUUCCUGCAAGAACGAGCUUGCCCUUGCGCAUUAUGCCUGUGCAUUGAAGUGGUUCAUCAGCCAUGGAUCCACUGUGUGCGAGAUAUGUGGAAGUAUUUCUGCAAAUGUAAGGCCCGACGACUUCAACAAGGUCCUCGCGUCCUUGAAGGAUUAUGAAGCUCUCAGGGAAAGGACAUCUACAGGGGAACUCUCAUACUUGCAGCAUGUGGCAGACACAGGUGUUGACCCAGAUGCUGUUGCAGCAAUACGAAGGCAGCGGCUUAGUGAGAUAUCAUCUUGGUUCAAUCCUCAUAACUCUCACAUGGCUGUCUCUCAAGGGCACGUUGAUCAGCCACCACUUAGUCCAAGCAAUAAUUCUGUACUGGAGCAAAGUAUUGUGGCAGCGAGGCGGGUACAUACAAGAUGGAGUUUGGAGAGUACUGGAGUUCUUGUUGCUAUUGGCCUAGCUGUCAUUGUUCUUGCGUGGCUGGUUGCUCCACAUGUUGGCAAGAAAACUGCUGUAAUUGGUCUUCACUUGCUUCUUGGAGGUUUAUGCGCGUUGACUCUAGUGAUAUCCCUGAGAUUUGUUUUCCCAAGAAUCCAGUAUGGGUCUAUGCAAUAUUGGGCAAUCUUGUUUGUGUCCUGGUUUCUUGUGUUUGGUGUUUGGGCCUCACGAACUCGCAGCAUACGCACCUCAUGAGCAUGUAGAAUAGCGCGAGUCACUGUUGCAGAGCCAGAUUGAGUUCGCCAUGGCAGUGUUAGGUGCUGCAUUCCUGUGUAUAUUCACCAUACUAUCCAUAUCGGUUGCCCGUUUAGGAAGUUGUUAAUUUGAGAUGUAUAUGCUUGACCUAAGAAAAUAUGGAAAAUCAUGUUAUGUUUGAGAUAUGCUGGACCUAAGAAAAGAUGGAAAAUCAUGUCCA